UUGCCUAAAGGGUGGGCGAGCGCCUCUCCUUCUAGCCUCGCCUCCUGCGGCGGGGUGGUCCUUUCUCUCUCUUCGUCUGUCUUGCAAGACACGCGCCUGAAAUCGAGGGAGGGAGACGAUGGACUGAGAAGAUCCACACCAUGGAGUCUCGGGUCUUACUGAGAACAUUCUGUUGGAUCUUCGGUUUCGGAGCAGUUUGGGGGCUUGGUGUGGACCCCUCCCUCCAGAUCGACGUCUUAACAGAGUUGGAACUCGGGGAGUCCACGACCGGAGUGCGCCAGGUCCCGGGGCUGCAUAAUGGGACGAAAGCCUUUCUCUUUCAAGAUACUCCCCGAAGCAUAAAAGCAUCUGCUGCUACAGCUGAACGGUUUUUUCAGAAGCUAAGAAAUAAACGUGAAUUUACUGUUUUGGUGACCCUAAAGCAGACCCAUUUAAAUUCGGGAGUUAUACUCUCUGUCCACCACUUAGACCACAGGUACCUGGAACUGGAAAGCAGUGGCCAUCGUAAUGAAGUCAGACUGCAUUACCGCUCAGGCAGUCACCGCCCUCACACGGAAGUCUUUCCUUAUAUUUUGGCUGACGACAAGUGGCACAAGCUCUCCUUAGCCAUCAGUGCCUCCCAUUUGAUUUUAUACAUUGACUGCAAUAAAAUUUAUGAAAGAGUGGUGGAAAAGCCUUCCACAGAUCUGCCUCUGGGCACAACAUUUUGGCUGGGACAGAGAAAUAAUGCACAUGGAUAUUUUAAGGGUAUAAUGCAAGAUGUGCAAUUACUUGUCAUGCCCCAAGGAUUUAUUGCUCAGUGCCCAGAUCUUAAUCGCACCUGUCCAACUUGCAAUGACUUCCAUGGACUUGUACAGAAAAUCAUGGAGCUGCAGGAUAUUUUAGCCAAAACAUCAGCCAAGCUGUCUCGAGCUGAACAGCGAAUGAAUAGAUUGGAUCAGUGCUAUUGUGAAAGGACUUGCACCAUGAAGGGAACCACCUACCGAGAAUUUGAGUCCUGGACAGAUGGCUGUAAGAACUGCACAUGCCUGAAUGGAACCAUCCAAUGUGAAACUCUGAUCUGCCCAAUUCCUGACUGCCCACUUAAGUCGGCUCUUGCAUAUGUGGAUGGCAAAUGUUGUAAGGAAUGCAAAUCGAUAUGCCAAUUUCAAGGACGAACCUACUUUGAAGGAGAAAGAACUACGGUCUAUUCCUCUUCAGGAGUAUGUGUUCUCUAUGAGUGCAAGGACCAGACCAUGAAACUUGUUGAGAGUUCAGGCUGUCCAGUUCUGGAUUGCCCAGAAUCUCAUCAGAUUACCUUGUCUCACAGCUGUUGCAAAGUUUGUAAAGGUUAUGACUUUUGUUCUGAAAGGCAUAACUGCAUGGAGAAUUCUGUCUGCAGAAAUCUGAAUGACAGGGCUGUUUGUAGCUGUCGAGAUGGUUUUAGGGCUCUUCGAGAGGACAAUGCCUACUGUGAAGACAUUGAUGAGUGUGCUGAAGGGCGCCAUUACUGUCGUGAGAAUACAAUGUGUGUCAACACCCCGGGUUCUUUCAUGUGCAUCUGCAGAACUGGAUACAUCAGAAUUGAUGAUUAUUCAUGUACAGAACAUGAUGAGUGCAUCACAAAUCAGCACAACUGUGAUGAAAACGCUUUAUGCUUCAACACUGUUGGAGGGCACAACUGUGUUUGCAAGCCGGGCUAUACAGGGAAUGGAACCACAUGCAAAGCAUUUUGCAAAGAUGGCUGUAGGAAUGGAGGAGCCUGCAUUGCUGCUAAUGUAUGUGCCUGCCCACAAGGCUUCACUGGACCCAGCUGUGAAACGGACAUUGAUGAAUGCUCCGAUGGCUUUGUUCAGUGUGACAGCCGUGCUAACUGCAUUAACCUGCCUGGAUGGUACCACUGUGAGUGCAGAGAUGGCUACCAUGACAAUGGGAUGUUUUCCCCAACUGGAGAAUCGUGUGAAGAUAUUGAUGAGUGUGGGACUGGGAGGCAUAGCUGUGCCAAUGACACCAUUUGCUUUAACUUGGAUGGUGGAUAUGAUUGUCGGUGUCCUCAUGGAAAGAAUUGCACGGGGGACUGCAUUCAUGAUGGGAAAAUCAAGCACAAUGGUCAGAUCUGGGUGUUGGAAAAUGACCGGUGCUCUGUGUGCUCAUGUCAGAAUGGGUUUGUCAUGUGUCGACGGAUGGUCUGUGACUGUGAGAAUCCCACAGUUGAUCUUUUUUGCUGCCCUGAAUGUGACCCAAGGCUUAGCAGUCAGUGCCUCCAUCAAAAUGGAGAAACCUUGUACAACAGUGGUGACACCUGGGUCCAGAAUUGCCAACAGUGCCGCUGCUUGCAAGGGGAAGUUGACUGUUGGCCCCAGCCUUGCCCAGAGGUGGAGUGUGAAUUCAGUGUCCUCCCGGAGAACGAGUGUUGCCCUCGCUGUGUUGCCGACCCUUGCCAGGCCGACACCAUCCGCAAUGACAUCACCAAAACUUGCCUGGACGAGGUGAAUGUGGUUCGCUUCACUGGGUCCUCUUGGAUCAAACAUGGCACUGAAUGUACUCUCUGCCAGUGCAAGAAUGGCCACAUCUGUUGCUCAGUGGAUCCACAGUGCCUUCAGGAACUGUGA